CUCCCUCUCGGCGUGUAUAUAUAUAUCAUCUCUACGAAUGUUUGUUGCAGCUGCCAUCGCUUCCCCUUAAACCCUAAUCUCUGUGUUCCCCUUUACCGUGUAAGCAAAAACCCUAGCCCCUCCUCUUCUCCCUCGAAUCAUCCGCACUAAAAAUGACAGGGGAGGCAGUCAAUCCAAAAGCGUAUCCCUUGGCCGAUGCGCAGCUCACAAUCACAAUAAUGGAUCUUGUUCAACAAGCUGCUAACUACAAGCAGCUCAAGAAGGGCGCCAAUGAAGCCACAAAAACACUGAACAGGGGUAUUUCUGAGUUCAUAGUGAUGGCUGCUGACACCGAGCCUCUUGAGAUCCUUCUCCAUCUUCCACUGCUUGCCGAAGAUAAGAAUGUGCCCUAUGUGUUCGUCCCUUCAAAGCAAGCACUUGGCCGAGCUUGUGGAGUGACCAGGCCUGUUAUUGCCUGUUCUGUAACAACUAAUGAGGGAAGCCAAUUGAAAUCCCAAAUACAACAACUCAAGGAUGCCAUUGAGAAGCUUUUGAUAUGAAGUGCAAUGGAGUGCGUGUUCGGUAUGAUGGGCUUCUUGGAUCACAUUGGUCGCUCCUUUAGAGGCUUUGACUGAUGAAGUUGUGCCAUGAGUGUCUUAAUUAAGAUUUUUACUUCUAUGCGAUGUGAGCAAAUACUCUUAAAAUUAUAUUUGUGAGCAAUUUGCAGGAAUGAUAUUUAAACUUAUGUUACAACAAGUUUGAUGUAAUUUUAUUUGAUUGUUGCCUGCAGUUGAAAUUGCCCAACUUGUUCUCUUUUUUCUGUACUUUUUCUUUUUGGUUUCUUUUAUGUACUAUGGUAUUAUUCCACUGAUCUUGAGCUAAGCUUUUAUUUUUA